UUUUAUAGUAUUUAUUGCUAUAUUUUAUUGGAAGUAUAAACGUUCGGUAUGUAUGUAGUUUGAUGUGGGGGUGAAUUCCUUCACAGCACUUAGGCCCCAGUGUACAUCCACACAAUUUACAGUUUAUUUAGGAGUCAGAAAACUAGCCCAAGGUUUUAAUGAAUGUUAGUAUAGAACAGAAUAAUCUUUAUGUUCAAAAUUCGAACAUAAAAGAUUAGAAAAAAACUUUGGAAACGUCACCGUUGUUUCGCACGCGGUUGGUUGAAAUAAAAAUCAAUAAAAAGUGCAUGAGCGAGAUGCCACGAGAAUCUUAUGCGCUAGAAGAAGAGAUCCGAACGAUGAACGUUUGCUAUUACUACUGUUCUGUGGCCAAACAGUGACCACACUGACUUCUUUGAGUGAAUACGAUACUUUAUCGCAGAAUGAGUUCUUAUCCAAAAUGUAAACACGGCGAUAAUGGGGCCGUUACCCGCAAUGGAAUAGAAGGAUUGGUAACAUUUUCAGAUUCUAAAAUUGUUUAAUUUAUGCAAUAAUUAAUAUUAAAAUUCAAAAUCCCCUCUAUAAAAGCUUUGGUGACGUUUACGAAGUUUUCGCGUAAGUUCAAGAAGACACACACGUGCAUCGUUCCUAGUCGAAGAGAAUGUGGCGCCCUCCGUGUUGUGAUGAAUUUCUGUUAUAACCUAACCCCAAAAAGAACAAUUUGAUAUAAAUAUUGUUAUUCCAGUGUUGUAAUGUGUGUAAAAAGUAUCUUAUUUGUAAUAUAUUAUUAUGAAUUAUUGAAAGGAUAUUACCGGUAUUAAUGUUAAGAUUAAUUAAAGAAGUGAGGGCAUUCCGAAUUGAUGCGAUGACUACUCCGUUAACUACGUGUUUUGUGCCAAGUUGUGACAACACUAAAACAAAUAAUCCACGGCUAUAUUUCCUAAGUGUUCCUCAAAACGAAGAACGUCGAAAAAAGUGGUUUGAUGCAGUGGGUUUAGAUAGAAAUCCAACUACUAAAUCUAAUCUUGUGUGCUGUGAAGAACACUUUGAUCUUGAAAACGACUCCCAAAAUUUUGGAUAUUUUAAGCAUUUUAAAGGCACUAAUCUCCUAUUAAAACGAGACGUUGUACCACAUAAGAAGCUUACGAAGGUUGUUAGUCAACGCACAAAAAAACCAAUGCUGGAAUUUGUACAGUGCAUACAAGAUGAAGAAACAUCAGAAGUAUCUUCACCUACGAAAAGUUCAGACCCAAUAACGCCAUCUGAUGAACUGAUGCGCAUGGAAUCAAGCAUGUCUUCUGCAGAAGAUCAAAUUUUGUUUGAAGAAAUUGAAGAUUCAAAAGACGAUAUUACGCUGACAUCUCCAAGUAUAUCGAUACCAGUUGAGAAAAAAAGAAAACGAGUUUACACCUCCAAUACCGAAAAGGAAAUCGAUUCGACAAGAACUUCGUUAUGCAACAUCUCCCAUGAAGACGUUUUUGAUCAUUUCGGGAAGUUAAUAGCCUCCCAGCUAAGAGGAAUUCGCAUGGGAGAUGCCUUGCAGUUACAAUCUGACAUAUCAGCGAUGGUUAAUCAAAGGCUAAUGUCGAUUUAUAAUCGGGACAAAUCUAUGGCAGCAUUGGAACAGCCAUCUCAAUCAACAGUGUUAUCGCCUAUAUACAAUGAUCCUGAGGAAAUUGAUACAAAACCAAUAAUAUAUACGGAUUCAUAAUAUUGAUUAUUUGAUAAUUUUUGGUAUAUAGUUCUAAUUUUGAAAAAAAAUUUUUGACCUUU